AGGGGGAAACAAAAACGAGGAGGAGCCUAUCUGACGUCACCGGAAGUGUUUCGCCAGCAGCGUCAGCUCAGCUGAUAGCAGGAGAACAAAUCUCUCUCUCGAGCGAUCAAAGCUCAGGAUGUCUGCCUACCCCAAAACCCACAAUCCUUUCGCUGAUGAUGAUGAUGAUGAAGAGGCUCCGAGAAGAGGCUUUAACUUUGACGAUGAUCCGGAAGAGAGUUCGCUGAGUCCGGCAGAGAGACGCCAGCAACGGCUUCAGCAGGAAGUGAUGCGUACAGCGCAGUCGGCCGUGGACAGCAGCCAGCGCUCGCUCGGACUCAUCUACCAAUCAGAGAAAGUCGGAGCCGAGACGGCAGAGGAACUGAUUCGUCAGGGUGAAGCUUUGAAAAGGACAGAGAGAAUGAUUGACAACAUGGAACAGGACAUGAAGACCAGCCAGAGGCAUAUAAACACCAUUAAGAGUGUGUGGGGAGGAAUGGUCAACUAUUUCAAAGGCAAACCUGAACCUCCCCGACCGGCACAGAAGGACCAACCGGUGUCCUACGAGGCCAACCGCAGCUUACAGAAUGCACUUGCGGAGAGCAAACAGCAGGAGGACAAAUAUCAAGCCAGCCAUCCCAACCUCAGGAAACUGGAGACAUCUGGUUUCGGAGCUUCCGCUUCCCUGGAUAACGGGCCGUCCGAUCAGAACGGGUAUCCUAAGAACAGACAGCUGCGCGCCGCACAUCAACAGCUGGACUCAAACCUCGAUGAGAUGGCGUCGGGUCUGAGCCGUCUGAAGGGUCUGGGUCUGGGGCUGCAGGCGGAGAUCGACGACCAGGACGUCUCUCUCGACUCGCUGCUCAACAAGGUCGACAACAUGGACGGCAAGAUCAGCUCCACCAACCGGCAACUGAAAAACCUCAAAUAGACUCUGAGUGUGAAGUCAUUCCAUGGCCAUGAUGAAAAACAUUUUUUUUUUUAUCUUCUCUCCAAGGGAAGUGUGUUUGUGUCUAUGCAUAUGUGUGUUGGAGAAGUUCAACAUUCUGCCUUCAUUUAGUCACUUACGGUCCGAUUAUACGUAAGCCGUGGAUGCCUCUGUGUGCGACUGUUCAAGAUUGAUGUGAAUAAACUGAUGAUGAUCUUUGAGUUAAACAUGUGGCCUGUAAGAUAAGUAUGUCAGAGAUGCACACACAACCAUUUCAAUUUUUUUAACCAUACCUUGCACUCUUUAACUCUGAGCACCUAGCUUAGAAAUCCCUUUGUUUUUGCGCCCUGAUGAGAAAAUGAUGUAUCCUCAUAUCCCAUGCAAGCACACUAAUGGAGUACUGUGUAUAAAGGUGAUCAAAUAGUAAGACAGAAAGAUAUUGGUCUGACUCUCAUUUCACCACUGUCUAUAGAGAUUAGUACUCAGUCUUUAUGUUAAUCACUAUUUUGAAUGCAACCUGACAAACUUGUGUUAUUUUCUUUUCCAGCUCUAUAUUAGGGUAGCUUUAUUGAUAGAAUCUGCUGAGGUUUUUCUAUUUCUGGAAUUCAUUGUUCAAAUGUUGCACUCCUAAUAAAACAAACAACUUCCGUCUGCUGGAUGUGACAUGAAAUGUGUGGACAUAAAUAAAAAAUAUGUUUUUUUAGUCA